AUGUCACAAGACAGACACAUGGGCUCAAUGGCCGCAGCCCUCAGAUCGAGGCUGGAGGACCUACCUCAAUUAAACAUGGCAAAUUUGGGCACGCUUUGGAAACGAACAUCUCUCGAAUACCCCAACUCAGCGUCUUCGUCUCGCUCAGCAUAUUCCUUCAGCUCGAGACUAUCAGAAGACACCGAUGCCACAGACCUAACUGUUACACCGACCGCCCGCUCCCGCGCAAGCACAUUUGACAACACCGAACACCUGCCUAUGCCUGUUGUACCCGCCGAGCCCUGCAAGCCCCCCUUGAGAGUAGUACUAGGGACCGCGUCGGUGGGAUCACACUUGUCACCGCUGGCAAAAAUCACCAAUGUCGAGGACGCUUCCAAGUUCGUCAACCUAUUCCGGUCAAGAGGCUAUGCAGACAUAGACACUGCUCGAGCCUACCCAGUGGGUCGAGGUGGCACUUGCGAGAAGCUCUUGGGCGAGGAAGCACUCCGACUAUCAAAAUGGGCCAAUGUUUCGACGAAAGUUUCGAGUUUCAUGCCUGGAUCUCACCGGGCCAAGAACAUUGCUUUGAGCAUUGACCGAUCCUUGGAAGCCUUGAACACCGACACCGUCGACAUCAUGUAUCUGCAUGCCCCUGACCGAGCGACCCCGUUCAAGGAGACUUGCGAGGCCAUGAACAAGGCCUACUAUGAAGGCAAGUUUGAACGCUUUGGCCUGUCCAACUAUUCUGUCGAGGAGGUCGAGGAGAUUGUCCGCAUCUGCGAAGAGAAUGGCUAUGUCAAGCCUUCGGUCUACCAAGGACAGUACAACCCCAUCUGCAGAGGCGGUGAAGAGCGGUUGUUUGCGGUGCUCCGCGAACACAAUAUUGCAUUCUACGCCUACAGCCCCUCGGCUUGCGGGUUCUUCUCCAACAAGGUUUCACGGGCCUCGACGAGGGACAAGAACAGCCGUUGGAACAUCGCCUCCCCACUGGGUGCCAAAUACGCCGGCGAUUACUUCCAAGAUCCUCUCUUUGCUGCCGCCGAGAUAGUUCGCCAGCAAGCCAAGAAGUUUGGCAUCAGCGGUCACGCCGCGGCUCUCCGAUGGACGACGUGGCAUUCUCAGUUGGGUGCCGAGUACGGUGACGCUGUCAUUGUUGGUGCCUCUAAGCUGUCGCAACUCAAAGAAAAUAUGGACAUCCUCGAGCAAGGGCCCCUGCCUGAGCCGCUUGUGGAGACCUUGAAUAGUGUCUGGGAAGAUGUCCGUGCUCUCGAAAAGGGUCCGCGCUUUUCCUUUGUCUAA